GGGUUUAACUCUUUUAAAAGCCAUAGCUAGGGUUUAAGAGAAAAUCUUCGAUACACACACACACACUCUCUCUCUCUCCACCAUUUUCUUUCAUCUCUGAAAAUAUGGGUUUCUGGGGAAUUGAAGUAAAACCUGGCAAAACAUACCCUUAUCACUCAGACAAUGUUGAAGGAAAGCUUCACGUUACUCAGGCAACAUUAGGCCUUGGCUCAUCAUCAGCUGAAAGGUGUAUACUUCAGUGUCAUGUAGGACACAAGAGCCCAAUUUUCUUGUGUUCUUUGUUACCGGAUAAGAACGAGACGUGCCCGUUAAGUCUUGAGUUUCAGAGUGAUGAUUUAGUAGCCUUCUCAGUGAUUGGCCCUCGAAGCAUUCAUCUCUCUGGUUAUUUUGUGGCCAAUGAAGGAGACGGUGUUCUUGAUGACUAUGAUUCUGAUUCUUUUGGGGAGGAUAUUGCUGACACAAACUCAGAUGAAUCAUCUGAGUUUGAUUCUGAAGAUGGAUAUGAGGAUGAGGAUGAUUUCAUUGAUGAUAGUGAUCUUGACAUGUACAACCCUUCACAUGUUCCAAAUAGUGGAGUUGUAAUAGAGGAAAUAGUGGAUGAUGAGAAGGCUACAAAUGGCAAUGGCCAGCAAAAACGAAAAAAGAAGAAUCGAUCAAGUGAUUCUGAGGACCAUAGAGAAUCUCAACAACAAAUUGUUGUCAAGAGUCAUAGUUCCCCUGUUUUGGAAAGUGAAGAUGAAGAUGGUUUUCCGGUUUCUACUGAGCAUAAAAGCAACUUGAAUAUUCAGAAGCCUGAAGCAGAAGCAGAACAGAAAGAAAAGAAAGCAUCUGAGAAAACCAAGAAGAAGAAGAAGAAAAUAAAAGAUGGUGAUCAAGCUACUGGCUUAAAAAGAAAGGUUGAAAGCGUAGACCAAGACGAUCAUCCAGAAAGGCAAAAGAAGAAAAACAAGAAGAAGCGAAAAGAACAGGCUAAAGAGGGAGAGGCUCUUGAAUCUGGUAACAACACCGAAAUCAAUGUUCCUAUUGAGGAUGAAAAGCAGCCUGAGUUAAAGAGGAGCUCCAAUCUGAACCAAGCUUCACCUGUUGAGAAUGAUCAUGAUCAUAAGCUAUCUAACAAGAAGGACCUUGAUGUUGAUAUGGACAAUGUUACUGGGAAAAAUUCCUCGGAGGAAAAAAAAAAGAAGAAAAAGAAGAAGAAGUCAACUACUCAGGAGGGUGAAGGGAAAGCUACUGUGGAUCAUACUGUUUCAGCUGUGGGAAAUAAGGAGGUAGAGGAAAAACAAAGCGAAGUCAAGUCAUCUCAAGUGAGAACCUUUGCAAAUGGGCUGGUUAUUGAGGAGCUACAAAUGGGCAAACCAGAUGGCAAAAGAGCUUCUCCUGGAAAACAGGUCAGUGUCCACUACAUUGGCAAACUUAAAAGCAACGGCAAAAUUUUUGACUCGAAUGUGGGAAGGGCACCCUUUAAAUUCCGUCUAGGUAUAGGACAUGUUAUUAAGGGAUGGGAUGUUGGUGUUAAUGGCAUGCGUAUUGGGGACAAAAGAAGACUCACUAUUCCACCAUCAAUGGGCUAUGGAGCUAAAACUGCAGGGAAGAUACCACCAAAUUCAUGGCUCAUGUUUGAUGUAGAGUUGGUUGAUGUUCGUUGAUGAUGUUGCUUUUGUGUUUUCCUUGUAAGUUUUUUGAGGUUCUUGCUUUCUGCAAAAAUUAGAGGUUUGUUAUCAUGAGGAUGUAAGAUUACGAAAAAAAUGGAACCAUUGUUUCAAUCUGGGAACUGGUUGAGCAAAAAUUUUGUUUGAAAAUUCUAGUGUUUGAAUUAUAUAUCAAUUACUUUACUCAUAAAAUGAGUUAUAAAAAUUAUUAUUUUGUGCAA